AUGGCCCAGGGCGGGCUCUGGAUCCUGCUCACACUGCUGCUGUGGCCCCAGCUGGAGGCAGAUUCUUUGCCUUUACUCAUGGACUCCGUCAUCCAGGCAGUGGCCGAGCUCGAGCAGAAGGUGUGGGAGGUGGAAGCCGGCCAAGCCACCCCUGCAGGGGUGCUGCUGAUCCCCACCCACCCCAGCUCCCCCAAUCCUCUCCAUCAUGCCCUCCUGGAAUCUCUGAGCCUCAGUGGUGCCCGGCUCGAUCCUGACCCACUGAGCACAGAGCUUCGAGCCCUGAUGGACCAGGUGACCCAACACCACAUUCGAGGUGGGCAGGAACAUGGGGUGGUGCUGGCUCCUGAUGGCUCCACCGUGGCUGUGAGGCCUCUGCUGCUGGGGUUGGAGGCUGGGCAACAGGGGCGUAGGGCUGUGCCGCUACCCUUGGGUGACAGCCUCAUCCCCCAUGGGGACACCGGAGGAAAUACCUUGGCAGGAUUCAGGAACGACUCUGUCAAUUUCACCUCAGUGGGGGACAAAGCUGAGCCCCCCACCAUGGUGGACAGUCUCUUGGCCGUCACCCUGGCUGCAGAACUGGGCCUGGCUUUCCUCCAUCCUCGCCAGACUCCAAGCCAACCUGGCCUGGCUACUGAGGGCUGCUGGGACCAGCUUUCUGCCCCCCAGACCUUCACACUGCUGGACUCCCAAUCGUCCCCGCUCACCAUGGCCUUCCUCAAUGGUGCCCUGGAUGGGGCCCUCCUGGGAGACCACCUAAGCCGCCUCCCCCAGCCCCGGUCCCCGCUCAGCCACCUGUUGAGAGAGUACUAUGGAGCUGGUGUGGAUGGACACCUGGCAUUCCGCAGCAACUUCCGGCGGCAGAACGGGGCUGCUUUGAUGUCAGCCGCCAGUCUGGCCCAGCAGGUGUGGGGGGCCCUUAUUCUGCUACAGAGGCUGGAGCCCAGACACUCACAGCUACACAACAGGAGCCAAGAAGAACUGGCCCACGUGGCCAGCUCUGCUUCAGAAGAGUUCACAGAGGCCUUCCUAGGGUGCCCGGCCAUCCACCCCCGCUGCCGCUGGGGUGCCGCGCCAUACCGAGGCAGCCCGACGCUGCUGCAGCUGCCGCUUAGUUUCCUCUUCGUGCAUCACACGUUCGAGCCCGCGCAACCCUGCACCAGCUUCGCGCGCUGCGCCGCCAGCCUGCGCGACGUGCAGCGCUUCCACCAGGACGUGCGCCACUGGGACGACAUCGGCUACAGUUUUGUGGUAGGCUCUGAUGGCUACGUGUACGAGGGCCGCGGCUGGCACUGGGUGGGCGCUCACACGCGAGGCCACAACUCCCGGGGCUUUGGCGUGGCCUUCAUAGGCAACUAUACGGCGACCCUGCCCACUGAAGCCGAGCUGCGCACCGUGCGGGACAGGCUUCCCAAGUGCGCCUUGCGCACCGGCCUUCUGCGACCGGAUUACAAACUGCUCGGCCACCGCCAGCUCCGGAGAGGCACCGACUGCCCUGGCGACGCCCUCUUCGGCUUGCUACGCACCUGGCCGCACUUCACCCAGACUGAAAACUACCAGUUACCCAGAGAGUCUGUCAGAGACCCAGGAAGGCACUACCGGGGAUGAUCCUACCAGAAGCCACACACUUGCAAUAAAAGAACGGAGGAAACAAAGUUUCUCUGCACACCUUGCCUGUUUUUGCGAGCAUUUGUGGUCG